GCUGGCUGAUGACGCGGCGGAAGCGAGGCGGGGUCCUUUCUGGCUGCCCGCUCGCCCCAAGGUGCCUGCGGAGCUGGGCGCCGGCGGCGGGGCGAGAGGCAGGGGGCGGCGCGGCGGGACUUUCCCCUCGGCCAGGGCACGAUGAUGGUGGGCAAGACCAGCGCCAUCGCGGCGGGCCUUUGCGGGGCCCUUUUCAUCGGCUACUGCAUCUACUUUGACCGCAAAAGACGGAGCGACCCGAAUUUCAAGACCCGACUGCGGGAGCGAAGGAAGAAACAGAAACUUGCCAAAGAGAGAGCAGGGCUUUCCAAGUUGCCUGAUCUGAAAGAUGCUGAAGCAGUUCAGAAGUUUUUCCUUGAGGAGAUUCAACUUGGAGAGGAACUACUAGCUCAAGGUGAAUAUGAGAAAGGAGUUGAUCACUUGACCAAUGCCAUUGCUGUGUGUGGACAGCCGCAGCAGCUACUACAAGUUCUACAGCAGACUCUCCCACCACCAGUGUUUCAAAUGCUUCUUACUAAGCUCCCUACAAUAAGCCAGAGAAUUGUAAGUGCACAAUGCUUGGCUGAAGAUGAUGUUGAAUGAGGUCACACCACAACGGGGGGAAAAAAAUGUUUUCUUACCCCAGAAGAUGAGCAUCAGUAGGGGGAUAAAGGGGCAAACAUGUUAGUUAAUGGACUGUGUACCACAUCGGGUUCUACCAGAGUUAAAAUUAACUUUGUGUAGGUGGGUUUCACAGGAUUUUAUUUAUUAUCCCAGUGAAAAGUGUAUUUUGAUAAGGAUUCAUUUUAUAAAUACACUGUGUUGAGUUAUCAAAGUAUCACUAAUUUCAUUAUUAUUACAAUAUGCAGUUGUAAUGUUGUACAUAUAAAGACCUAAAACUACAACCUAUUAAAAACCCAAUGCUCAUUUUUGAAGAAAAAAAAACAACAAAAAAAAUAUGGCAAUAAAGAUUUAUCUGCACUUGUGUGUCCCUAUGGUACUACUUUACAUUUCAGAACAUUUGAGUGUCAGAGCAAGUGAUCUUAAUGUGAUUUAACAUUACAAUUUAUUUUUAAUGUUAUGGCUGGUCUUGCAAUGCUUUUAAUUAAGUUUAAACCCUUGUGUCAUUUCCUGAGAAAGCAGACAUGAUCAUUUAAACAGUAACAAAGUCACCUUAGAAAGAGAUGCAAAUUGGAAUGGUAAUAUAUGACUGACUGCAGAAAAAAUGACAAAUCCAUUUCUGUCAAGAACAAUAAAAUCUAAAAUUUUGCAAGUCAAAACUGUACCUGGCAAACGUAAAAGCUCUGUUAAUGGAAGUGUGUGAAAUAAAGCUGUUUGGAAUAGAACUUGGGGCAGAUUGUGAGAGCACAAGGCUUUUGUUUUGUUUUUGAAAGCUUGGAGCCUUUUUUGCAAGAUAGACAGUUAAGAUUUCAGUCUCUGUCUUCAACACUGUAGAAAACAGGUUGUAAGUCUUUGACAUUUAACUUAAAAUAAAAUUGGACUGAUAGAGUAAUACAAUAAUAUGCCCAGGCUAAACCAGCUAAAGCUAAUAGAAUUGGAAAGGUGGUGUGAAAUUUUAGUAUAGUGUGAUACUGUAAACUUGAAUUAGGUAUAUUUUCUUUUGCCACUCAAGAGGAGACAAAUCAUACAAAUCAAUGAGUAGCAGAAGCAUACUUCUGUCAGCAACUUUUCCAUGGACAGUGGGGUUCUCUAUGUGAAAACAGAUCGGCUUCUGCUGUUCUCCAACUUUGUGUUAUCACCACUCAGGUGGCAGAAGAAACAGUUUAAAAUGUAACUUUACUUUUGGCAUGGUGACUUGUUUUCACUUGAGAAGAACGCUUUGAAGUGUCUUUCAGACCCAGCUGAUAGUUUGUGAUAGUGAUGCUGAUACAUGAAUAGUAAGGCAAUAGGUGGCAUAGUCCAAGUAGCAGUGAGAUACUCUGAGAGCACUUUAGCCAAUGUUUCCAUCUGUGUCUGUCUCAUUUCAGCCUGGUCUCAGUUUCUGUAAAGGUAGAUUUUUUUUCCAAGGCAUAGGUCUUGAUAUUUCAGAAACUGCCUCGUGCAGUUUUUGAGAGGUUAAGUGGAAAAUUAAUUCGUGGUCAGUUAGCAGUCAAAUACUUGAGUUUAGGAGUAGAAGUGGCUCAUAUUGAGUCAGUCUGCUUAAAUGGUUUGCCACGAAAGAGAUGUUUUCCCUUUAACCCCUUGAAAACCCUUUUUCUCUGAGAUUUUGAGGUGCUAUUCAAUCUUUGCCUAAUGUGACAAAAGUUAAUGCUUGGUACAAACAACGUUUUAUUGUAAACAGGUGGCUGUAGUUUAUAAAUCUGCUUGUUGAGCUUGAAUUUCUGAGGUGGCAUAGAAGAAAAAACAAAACUUGGGAUCCAUAAUCUUCAGGUGACAGUGGCUGAUUUGCUCUUUUAUUUUAGAAGGACAAACUUAUUCAGCACCUAGAACACUUAAUAAAAAUACUGUGAAAUUGCAAAUCAAUCUACUUUUAAUGAGUGAGGCUUUCUGUAGACAGUUUUAUUUUCCUUUCUAACCCUAAAACUCAAAAUGUAAGAAUUCAUAGGUGAUGCUGACAGAACUGUUAGCAUGUUUUCCUGCUGUCCUUGCUGGUGGUGAUCACUUCAGUGUAGUGCCUCUUUGGUUCAGCUUUUAACAUCAUCUUAAGGUAAAUCAACCAUCCUGCACUGAAAACCCAAACAGCAUAAGACAGAAGUGGUUUACUUCCUUCAAACCUGAACAAUUUUCCACACCCUUCAGUAUAAUGAUGAGAAUUUGAAUUCAUAAUUUAGCUAGCAAUAAAGCUGUCCUAAGUACAUUGUUCUGCUUUUGAUGAAGGCUGUCAGCAAGUUUUCCAUGUAUACUAAUGAUCAUUGUUUUAAUAAACAUAGGCACACAUAUUACUCUAACCCUUUUUAGUCUUCUUGAUCCUGCAAAGUUAGAUCUAAAAAAAAUUUGGCUAGCAUAGGUUGAUUAGAACCAUAUGUAUCAAUUUGUUCUCACAUUGGUAACCCAGAGGUACCUGGUUAGUAUGCUGCAGCAAGAUCCAGUGCUUCUAUUGAGUGCUGUGGUUAAUCCUGUGGGAAUGCUGAAAGAAUUCUUUUAACAAGGCUGGGUUGGUUAGCUUUUUUUUCAAAAUCUGGUGAAGCUAAUGUCUGCCAAGUUGUGAAAACUUGAAUACAUUGUCUAGAAUGGAGAUUUGCUGUUUCUUCAACCACUCAGGGCUGGCACUUGUGUAGCUAGCAUGCACAGCCCACGUAUUGGGAAGGUUGUUACUUAGAACUGAUUUCAGACAUAAAGUGCAGGUCAUUGAAAGUGCAGUGGUAGGUGUUAUCGUGUCAGUAGCAGCAAUGGUAUUGCAGUAGCUGUGCACAAUAUCAUCAUUCUUUGCAACUGUGCAAAUUAAAAGAAAGUGGCAGUAAGCCAUUCCAGUUGUGGAUUUGCAGCUGCUGAGCUCAGAACUACUGAUGAAUAAGAUCUGUACUUGUAUUUUGCUGCAGGUAAAACCUGUUCAUCUUUCCCUCAGAAAGAGCCAUCUUCCCUUCUGUGGUGCUCCAAGAGGAGGGCACUCAUUUUCAGCACUAAGGCUUUCUCAUAAAGGAAACAAAAGGUCUGUUAGUUUUAUCUUGGGGAAGUCUAUCAGUUAUAUUCUCAGGCAACUUGUACACGAAAAAACACACUAGUUUCAUGAUCAUGCAGGACUACCUUUGAUGUCUUGCCAUUAAGUUUUCUAGAUAAUAGAAUUGAAUCCAAAACAAUCAGACACACGGUGAAUCAUCUGGCAAUAAUUUCCUUACCCUGGGGGAUGACAGAGUAUUAUUGUUGUCUUUAACUUGAAAAAUGGAGGAGUCCCAGCCCUGCUGUGUAGGAGGCCAGCCAGCCAUCAUCAAAGCAAAGUUCCAGCUAUUUAUUCAUCCAGAAGGAUCUUUCUAACAUUUCAUUUGUACAUCUGUUGAUGGUGUGUCUAAAGUCCCUUAGGCUGAGCAGUGGCCUUACACAGCUAUUACAUUAAAAUUAACCUGAGUUAAACUUCAAGGGAAUCUUUGAAGUGGUCACUAAGUGUUUCUAGUGAGUGUUUCAAAGAACGUGCACUAUACACCCAACAUAAGGAUGUGAAAAGGGCUGAUGUGGAAAAAAGCUUCAAGGCUUCAGUUGUACCCAGGUCUUGGUCUAGUUUUUAGUGUGAUUACACUAGGUAGUAUACCUGAUGGUCAUGAACUCUUAAAUGCCUCUUCACUCUAAGCUUUUUACUCCAGAUAUAGAGUUCUGGUUCCUGUUUUAUAAAGGUCAGGCCUGGGUUUAAUAGGUUGAUAAAUGCUUGUCCUCCUGCUCAGUCACAAUUACUGUCAUGUUGCUUGAAUUCUGAGGAUGUUCUUCACUUUGUCCUUGGGGUGAGAGGAUAUCUGUUGGUCCUCACCUACUGCAUGAUAAUUGCCAGCACAAUGUUGCUACAGCCUGCAAAUCUGUCUGAAUGGUCCCUGCUGCAAGACGGUUUGAGUUUCCAGGUAUGAAACUUCUGCUGUGCAUGGAGGCAGAAAACAGCCAAAGUCAGUUCUGCCUCUUCUUCAACCCUUACAACUCCAAACUGAUUUGGUCACCGUCGUUUGUUUGAACAGGUCUUAACGUGAACAGCAGAGGGCAGUGUUGCACACGCUUUUUGUGCAAGUUCGUUCCUGCAACAUCCUAGUUCUUCGUUUUCCUGUCUGGUGAGGUGAUGUAGUACAGCAUUUUGUAGAGGAAAAUCUGGUACAGCGUACAAGACAGGAUCACUGUGGCAGCAGUGACAUGUGUUUCUAACAAUACCUAUUUCUGGCUUUUCAAAUCCUGUGUUUAAUUUGUUGUGAUGACAUGAUUAGAAGAAUUUUCCUUUCCCUUCAUCCCUCAACACACACCAGGUAUGUAGAUAAGGCAACUGCAUUGCACAACUUUAACUCUGCAAACAAAAUGCAACCGAAUGUUAUUCCUAGGUGUGCAAGAGAAGAGUUUCCUCUGCCCAGCUGUGGUUUUUCUGAAUGAGCUUUAUUAGCUGUAGUGAAAGGAAAGGACCUGUUAGCUGCAGUAGGAGUGGAAGAUAAAUCUGUGUCUUGAGGCUCUUCACAGAGUUGGACUCUGGUUGCGAUGGUUCAUGUGAGGAGGGUCAACCAAAGCUAAACACAAGUGGGCAAGACGUUAUACGUUGGCAAUACGACGCAGUUUCACUGCUGGUUGAAUUUCAGCUUAAGGUGGCAAAAUCUACUCAUCUUCUUGUGGAUUUUCUAGCUGGUAUGAAGUGAGCUAGUGGAGUCUCUCAUGCCUUGGAGGCAGCUGUUUGUGUUGUACUGUCACACUGGCUUGAGACCACAUUUCAACUACUACUGCACCUCAGAAGUGAUUUUCCUCUGCUUCCUGGGCUGUGUUUUCAGGGCCGAUGUGCAUGUUUAUACCAUACAAGUGAAAAGAAGUUUUCAGCACUUGUAGCUUUUGAUCAGUGUUUAUCCAAGCAUUAACUUGUUAGUAAGAGAUUCUUCGAAGUCUGCUUAAAACAUUGCAUUGCUUAAAACAUCUAGAGAAAGAGAACUGCUGAAUAGAAGAUACUGUCUCUGCAAAGCAUGCUUCUCCUCCUUCCUUAGGUCAAUCUGGGUAUGUUGCACCCUGUAAAAUAGCCUGGAAGAUACAGGAAUUUGCUGUAACCAACCAGUCUUUGCCUUCUCUGGCAUGUGUGUAAAGGAGUGUUUCUUGGAGCUCUGAAACAAGCUCUUUUGUUGUAUUUAGUUUAUUUAAUGAGAAGCAAUGUACAUUGAGCUUUGGUUAUUAAAAUGACAAUGAUUAUUGCAUGCAUUUGUUAAUUAUAAUGCAAUGACCAAUUAAAUGAAGACAUGGAGAAAAAGGGA